GUAUCAGAUUGCGCAGUAAAGAUUAAAGAUUGGAAUUGAAGCGCAGAAUUUGAGUGUAGGAAGUGCAAACAAAACAAACAGAUUUAUUUGAAAUGUCAAGUAAGAUUUAUCUCUGAUUUCGUGUCCAAAGGCUCCCGCAGAUAAAAUGAUAACGAAUCUGACUAUCAUAUCGCACUUUCGAACAAGGAAUCCACCAAUCUGCGCCGACGUGACGUCACAGAAUGACAACCUGAUCGGCGAGUGUUGUCAAGUUUUGCUGUGUGUAUAGAAUUUGAUUAUACGCAUCAGCGAGUUAUCGCGUAAUCCUUUCUCUCCCGGUCGUGUGUCUCGCGCGUUCAACUGACAUUGAAAAUAUUCCGCGAUAAGUGCCGCCGUGCGUUCACCAAUGUUGCAAUGAUGCAGAAGCGCGUCAUGUAUGGCGACGCGCGGAAACUGUGCGAGAGACAAACGCAAUUGGCCCCGUACGGGCCCUGCCUCGCGUCAGACUAACGCUCAAUGGCUUUAUUCGAGAAGAGAUACACGAAUAAAGUGUUGUUAGAUGAUACGGAGCAGCUGACUAGCGUCAUCGAAAAUGCGAGGACCAUCGACGGGCAUACGGAAUACGUAAUCAAAACACAGAGAGGUCCGCUUCCUGAAAGAUCUUGGAGAGUGAGCAGACGUUACAAUGACUUUGUACAGCUCAAUGCAACUUUAUCUAUAUCUGGCUUCGAUUUGCCACUACCACCAAAAAGAAUUAUUGGUAAUAUGGAGCCAGACUUUAUAGCUCAGAGACAAAUAGCACUGCAGAAUUAUCUAAACAUAGUACUAAUGAAUCCUAUACUGGCAUCUUCACUUCCUAUGAAAAAGUUUUUAGACCCUGAGAAUUAUACAGCACCAUUACAUGAAAUCGCGUUACAACAAGUGUCAUUAGCAUUAAGGAGCGACGCCAAUUUUGAAGUAUGCAAACCUAUCCCUGAUAUGGGUUGGCGAUUGAGAAAACAUUAUUAUACAGUAAAAAAUCGUCAGAAUCCAAAACAAGAACUCUUGUUAGCUUGGGUGGAAUUUGGUCCUGAUAAACAUUUGCAAGAUAAAGAUAUACAAGGAGUUUUCAAGACUUUGGGCUCUCUACGACACACUUACAUCGAACCAAUGGUACAUCAACAUGUUACAGACAAUGGGGCACUAACGAUAAGAAAUUUCUAUCCAAUGGGCACAUUACGUGAUAUUCUGUGUGUCACUAAACCUAAACAGCCAUUUAUAAAGAAAUAUGGAAAUCCAAAACAAAUAAAAUCAUUGACUACUCAAGAAGUCGCGACGUAUGGUUAUCAGAUAUUGGAGGCUCUAGGAUUUCUUCAUGAGAAGGGAUUACCUUAUGGACAUUUACAUACCGGCAAUGUCCUUUUAACCCCAAGAUGUGCUAAAUUAUUAGAUAUAGAAAAUGGACUUUUAGGAUUACCAGCAUUUUACCGGCCUUAUGUAGUGCAAAGGCGUAAAUUACAUGCUACGACUCAGGUUGAUGUAUACUCAUUUGGACAUGUUUUGUAUGAGAUGGCAUUUGGACGACCGCUUUUGGAAGCGACAUGUUCUGAACUGCCACAUUGCGAAGCAAACCUGAAAAAUUUGUUAGAAGUUAUAUUAUCACCAGAAGCUCUAAAACAAGAUUUGCCAACAGUGACUCGAUUAUUGGAACAUCCAUUUUUCGAAUCGACAAGACGCGCUACUUUGGCUAUUGGCGCUGUGGAAAAACCAUAUUUCAAAUUGAGCAACCAUUUGAAGGAAGCCUUGCAAGAAGCUGUAAACAAAGCUGAACAGCGAUUGCGUGAUGAACAGAAAGUCGCCCGGCACCAGAAGAGGCUCGUCAAAGUUCAAGAAAUGAUGAGCUCUGAAGAAGAGAUGAAAAAACGAAAGCACAAAUUGAAGAAAGAACAGAAAUUGGCGCAGGAACAACGCUCUGCAUCACAGCUGGGAACAAAUGGGACAAAACAAAUAAAUGGUAAGAGUCCAGAACGCUCGGACAGUCCGACAAGUACAUCUACAGCUACCAGCGUUGGAACGUUGACUCCUCCAUCGCUUCGCUCUGUAGAUAUUCCGCAAGGGGAUGCAGUUCCUGGCAAAAGCGUUCCGCCACCACCUUCGUUACCGCCGCCGUCUGAAGCGUCUAGUGGUGUAUCAAAUAAUGUACCAAAAUCAUCAAACAACCGUGCUGCUUUACUCGGUAGUAUUUGCAAUUUCGACAAGAAUAGGCUGCGGAGGAUCGCAAAUGGUCAUCGUUAGAUAAAUAGACAAAAGGUAAUUAGAUUAAGAUUAAAUAAACGAAGAGAGAAAAGGCAAAUUUAUUUCAAAUCUAGUAUGACUGCCAUGCAACGUCAGAUAAAAAACUUUGCUUGUGCUUGAUUAGAACAGACAAUGCACCUGUAGAUUAUAUUAUUACAUUGAAUUCAAAAAUUGCCUGAAUGAUAUAGCUGUGUCAUGCUCCUCGUGACUCUUAAUAAAAUUGGAAUAAUUGUUUUGUUUCGAUCGCGAUACUUGUAUUUUAUAAAUUUUUUAAUAUUAUUUUAGUGUGCUCUUGAUAUAUAAUAAGACUCUAGCUUAAAGCAGUGUUAUAUUAAAGAGUAAAACGUAUUAAAUUUGUGAUAUAAUCGAUAUUUGGCCUAUGUUUUUUUAUGAAAUCUGAUACAACGCUUGCUUCGUCUAUAGACUUGCCGUCCAAGAACGAGCCUAAACAUAUACAGAACAACUAAUCAAAAUAACAAAUGCUUUGAAAAAUUGCCAUCUAUACGAAUCUUAUAUUCCUCCCAAAUUUGUAUAAGAGCUACUCAAGCUUUCUCUUCUUAGAAAUAUUAAUAGAAUAUAAUAACAGGAACAUGUAAUUAUAUAUUAUCUAGUUAGUACAGAAUGUAUAGUAAUUAUGCUGGGAGCAAUUUGAAACAUUUUUAAAAUUAUUUUGAUUGAUAAUAUUAUGUUUAUACUUGAAUUAAGAAGAAUAUGACCAUAUGAGAAAUUGCACUUUCUAGUCCAACAUCUCUCUCUCUUCUUUCUCUCUCUCUUUCUCUCUUCCAUUUAUAUAACAAUUAAUAACAUCAUAGAACUUUGAAUACAUAUUAUUUAUCAUUGUGGGCCAAGUUUCGCGAUCGAUUUACAUUUUAUUAUGGCUCGUCUUUCUCUUUUCGGAUGUAUAUAUCAAAUUUGUUUAAAUGCAAAUAAGAAAAGAUAGUGAUACAAUGGGGUGUGAUAAUACAUGCAUAUAUUAAAUAAAUUUCCUCUGGUUAUACUCAUCUACUGUUUUAACUAUUCAAAGAGAGUUUAUGAUAUAUAUAAUAUAUAUAAAUACAUAUAUACACAUACUUUUCGUUUGUGUUUACACGGUAAAAUGCGAGGAUCAUACGCCGCUUUUGUAUCGCUCGUGAAAUUGGAACGUCUAGUUUUACGAAUUAAAAACGUGCCAAGGGAUAUAUGAUCUUCGUAUUUUUGAUGCGAAUAAUGCGAUAUCAAUAGUAGACUAUAUAGAAUGUAAUCUAUUUCUGUAUGUUGUGAACAAGUAUGUAUCUCGUAUAAAUCCAUAUAUCUGUGGAUAUAACAAAAAAUUGUAACAUAUAUAAUCACAUCUUUUAAUACACUUAUCACUGUUUUAGAUGUAUAUGGCAACUGUGUAAUUAUGAUCAAAUAUGAUCUCUAGUACAGAUGAUUAUAAUAAUAAGAACGUAUAAUGAAAUAUUUAUAUUUGCUCUUUAAAAUUUAUUAUAUUAUAUCUAGUUCUGAGAGAGAAAGGUUGCUUAUAUAUUCGAGAGUAUAAAAGGAUAAACUUUUGUCCAUGAAAUUUUACAUUCAACAAAAUAUUAUGACCAGUCUGUUAUCAGUCUGUUAUUUGACUGUAUCUUUCAAAAACAGAUAUAUUAAAACAAUGGAUGAUAGACAAAAAAGAAAUAUUCUUUUAUGA